UGUUAGCCGGUAACAUUUUCUCAGAAGUUCCUCAGUUUCACACAAAAUCCAAAGAAGAACACGGAACUAUAAUGAGCGAUCCAAAAUCCAAGUUCUUGGAAGUGUAUUCACUCCUCAAAUCUCAGCUGCUAAAUGAUCCUGCUUUUGAAUUCACUGAUGUCUCUCGCCAAUGGAUCGAUCGUAUGUUGGACUAUAAUGUACCUAGAGGAAAGCUGUACCGAGGACUGGCUGUCAUUGAUUGCUACAUGUCACUCAAGGAAGGAAAAGAAUUGACUGAAGAGGAAAUUCUUCUUGCUAGCGUGCUUGGUUGGUGUGUUGAAUGGCUUCAAGCAUGUGCAGUGGUUCUUGAUGACAUCAUGGAUAACUCUCAUACACGCCGUGGUCGACCCUGCUGGUUCAGACUACCAAAGGUUGGUUUUAUAGCUAUAAAUGAUGGAAUACUUCUCCUCAGUCAAGUCCACCGAAUUCUGAAGAUGUAUUUCAGAGAGAAGCCUUAUUAUGUGCAUCUGCUGGAUUUAUUUAAUGAGGUGGAAUUCCAGUCAAUCUCUGGAGAAAUGAUGGAUUUAAUUUCCACACAUGAAGGAGCAAAAGAUCUAUCAAACUACUCAUUGUCACUUUAUCACCGCAUUGUUGAGUACAAAAGUGCUUAUUAUUCAAUUUAUCUUCCAGUUGCAUGUGCAUUGCUUAUGGCAGGUGAGAAUCUUGAGAACCAUGUUGAGGUGAAGAAGAUCCUUGUUGAAAUUACAAUCUAUUUUCAAGUACAGGAUGAUUAUCAAGAUUGCUUUGGAGAUCCCAAAGUGACUGGUAAGGUUGGAACAGAUAUUGAAGAUUGCAAGUGCACUUGGUUUGUUGUGAAAGCACUGGAACUUGCUAAUGACGAACAAAAAAAAUUGUUACAUGAAAAUUACGGGAGAGCAGAUCCAGCCAGUGUUGCAAAAGUGAAAGAUCUCUAUCAAGUUCUUGAUCUUCAGGGUAUAUAUGCGGAGUAUGAGAGGGAGACUCAUGAGAAGAUAUCAGAGGCCAUUAAAACUCAUCCAAAUAAAACAUUGCAGGCUUUAUGGGGAAGAUUCACAGGAACCAGAUGGACAGUUGAUAGAGCAGGGAAUGCGGCCGGGAACAAAUGAGAAUCAGAGAUAUAUUUCUUUGCACCUAUUACCAGCAUUUGCUUAGUUCUUGGUCUUUCAGAAUGACACUGAUUAAGCUACUGUUUUUACUCUAAAAUGAGCUGAGGAUUAACAUCUUCCAUGGCUACAUGAAAUGCCUGAAAAUUUUGUUGAAUUGAUGUCUAGAAAAUUGUCAACCUUUCUUUUUCAAUCUCAAACAAAAUAAAUUAGCAUGAGAGCUCCUGAUAUGCAGCAAAUGUCUCCUUCUAACUUAUAUUUCAAUAUAAUGGAAUUAUUUUAUUCUC